CGGAGGCCGAGCGGCCAGGAAGCCGGUGCACCCGGCUGUGUCGCGCGGCGACGGCGGCCAUGGCUGGAAGCGAACCCCGUGGAGCCGGCUCCCCGCCGCCCGCCAGCGACUGGAGCCGCCUGGAGGCCGCUAUCCUGAGCGGCUGGAGGACCUUCUGGCAUUCGGUGGGCAAGGAGCGGGCGGCGGGGACGGUCUCCCGGCAGGAGGCGAAGGAGGAGACCAGCGCGCUGCGGCGGCUGCCGAUCGAUGUACAGCUGUACAUUUUGUCAUUUCUUUCACCCCAUGAUUUGUGCCAGCUGGGAAGUACAGAUCGUUACUGGAAUGAAACCGUAAGAGACCCAAUUCUCUGGAGAUAUUUUCUGUUGCGGGACCUCCCUUCUUGGUCUUCUGUUGAUUGGAAGUCACUUCCGGAUCUAGAGAUCUUAAAAAAGCCCAUAUCUGAGGUCACUGACAGAAGGUGUUUUGAUUACAUGGAGGUUUAUAAAAUGUGCUGUCCAUAUACGAGAAGAGCCUUGAAAGCCAGCCGUCCUAUGUAUGGAGCUGUUACUUCUUUCUUACAUUCAUUGAUCAUUCAGAAUGAACCCCGAUUUGCUAUGUUUGGACCAGGUUUGGAAGAAUUGAACACAUCUUUGGUGUUGAGUUUGAUGUCUUCUGAGGAACUUUGCCCUACUGCUGGUUUGCCUCAUAGACAGAUUGAUGGUAUUGGAUCUGGAGUCAAUUUCCAGUUGAACAAUCAACAUAAAUUCAACAUCCUGAUAUUAUAUUCAACUACCAGAAAGGAAAGAGACAGAGCAAGGGAAGAACACACAAGUACAGUUAACAAGAUGUUCAGCCUACAGCAUGAAGGGGAUGAGCAGCAAGGAAGCCGCUAUAGUGUGAUUCCACAAAUUCAGAAGGUGUGUGAAGUUGUCGAUGGCUUCAUCUAUGUGGCAAAUGCUGAAGCUCACAAACGACAUGAAUGGCAAGAUGAAUUUUCUCGGAUCAUGGCCAUGACAGAUCCAGCUUUUGGAUCUUCAGGAAGACCAAUGCUGGUUUUAUCUUGUAUUUCUCAAGCAGAUGUAAAAAGAAUGCCCUGUUUUUAUUUAGCUCAUGAGCUGCGUCUCAACCUUCUAAACCACCCGUGGAUGGUCCAGGAUAUGGAGGCUGAAACUCUGACUGGUUUUUUAAAUGGCAUUGAGUGGAUUCUUGAGGAAGUAGAAUCUAAGCGUGCAAAAUGAUGCUCCCUUUGGACGUUGGCCAUCCAUCCUAUUCCUGCCUUCUAUUGGAGGGCUUUACACAGGACAGCUGUAGCUGUCAUGGUUCUGAUUUUUCUUUUUUUAACCAGAAAUCAGUUGCAAGUUUCAAUCCUACUGCUUUUUCCCCAAAAUGAAUGCUCACAUUUUUGAUAACUUUUAUAUUUUCUGUCCUUUUGAAAAUAUUAAAUUCUGCAAAAC